AUGAUUUGGUACUUGCUAUAUCCUUUUAGAGGAACGACCGAAGCCCCCGUACUCAGUCCGACCCAUCCUCUGCGCGAUGCCUUCACCCGAUACGGCAGAUACGCUGCCCGUCAUGUCAUUACCACCUUAUUAAUAUCAGUCACUGUUGCAGCUGUUCUGAUAUAUCCGUUCCCGUUCCUAUAUACCACUGACUUUACCAAUGGCGCCUCCAAUCUCCCUCACCAUGUCUGGACCGAUGCGCAACCGCUUGAAGAGAAGAGCGGCAUUGAGCCCGAUGUCAUGAUGCGCUACAUCUGGGUUCAUGGCGACUACAUGAGAGCUCUCGAUCGAGAUGUGCUGAUGGGCGCUCUGGAAUUGCAAAACGAAUUGCUCGGGCCAACGAUUGACUUUAGUCCUCGCCAGCUCCCUCUGCCUCUCGAGACUAUAGACUUUUCGCAUACAACCGCCCUCGAUUUGAACCCCCGGCAGCGCGAUACUUUUCACAUUAUCAAUGGCCUGACAGACGAGUCUUGGUUCUUUCACUCGCCGUUACUCUACUGGUCAUGCGACAUGAACAAGGUUGAAACCGAUCCGGACAUCAUCUCCACGGUCAAUAACAAGAAAACGCAGCACACUUCAGUCAACGUCACCCUACGCCAUUCGAUAGUGUUUAGUGGGAAGCGAUUUGAAGAUCGUCGAUUAGCGGCUGCUGAUGCUCUUGUUAUUACCCUGAUUCACCGACGAAAUUCCCCCGUUGGCCGCAUCUGGCAGGCGAAAUCCGAAGAGCUCGCCCGCAAAAUGGCUGACAAAUGGGACGUAUAUCCAUCUGAUGGAACUAGCUAUCGCAGCCAGAUAUACGAGUUUCAGUUCCGGCCCAUGUCGCUGCACGAUGGUCUUGCUUUGGGUGCUGCCUAUCUUCUCACGACUGCUUAUUUUGUCGUCAGCCUCACCAAAUUGCGAGCCGUAAAGUCCAAGAUUGGCCUGGUUGUAACAGUAAUGGCGCAGCUCGUCCUCUCGAUCCUAUCCAGCUUUACGCUCUGCGCUAUAUUCAAAAUCGAUCUAUCAAAGAUCCCGCAGCUGGCAUAUCCCGUCGCCAUCUUUUCCAUGAGCCUGGAAAACAUUUUCAGGCUCAUCAAUGCCGUCAUUCUGACCCCAUCUGAAAGCAAUACCAGCAAUCGCAUCGGCCAUGCAUUUGGCACAACCAGUCAUGUUGCGCUCGCUAGCGUUGGCCAAAAUCUUCUCAUCCUAUGGGGAUUGUCCUAUAUUGUGUCGCCUGGUGUUCAAGCAUUCUGCUCCUUUGCCGCCAUAGCCAUUAUAUUCGACUUCUUUUACCUAUCAACCUUCUUUCUUUCGGUUCUCAGCGUGGAUGUCCGCCGAACUGAACUCAGCGACGCAUUAGCAAAGGCUUCCAUUCGCAAUCAUCGAACGCCCGCAGAAGCAAAAGCCCGGCAAACAUGGCUCGAUGCCUUAUUGCAGGGCAAGAUUGCCAUGUCAACUCGAAUCGCUGGUACCAUUGUCAUGGUGGGAUUCGUGCUGAUUGCGCAAUGGCACUUUUUCGAAAACGAAAGCCUCCUGAGAACUUUGGGUCGCAUCACCAUGAUAACCAGGAAAUACAAAGACCAUACACCAAAGUCAUCACUACUUGUUGAUAUUCAUCAGGCCAGGAGCCCAACAUCCUGGCUGCGACUGCAAGAUCACGAAACGGCCCGAGAAGUCAUCAAUGUGGUGAAACCAGAAGCCCACAGCUACGUUGCCAGGGUAUUCGACCCGAUUAUAUUUGUCAAAAAGGGGGCCGAUCGAAUGCUCUCUACCAAAGAGCCCCCGUUUCUACCCGCAGUCUAUGACUUUGUACGGCACCAAACGUUGCCCUUUGUUGUGACCGUUCUGGUUAUUGGCGCCUUGGUGCGCAUUCUCAUGAACUAUCUGCUUUACGAUGAAAUGUCUGAAAAUACAAUAAUGCUACACGGCUCGGAAGAGGAGCCCCUCUUGACCGUGAAGACGUUGGGUCAAGGUCACUUGCUGGAUAUUGUGGCGUUGUGUGCGUCCUCUGACGGGCAUGUCGUCUCUGUUGGACUGGACAGAACCAUACGAGUUUGGGAUGUGAAAGCUGGUGGGAGUUACGAUCUCCAAGGGAGCGAAACAGCUCAGAUCGUCUUUCCGAUUCUUGCCAUGUGUAUCGACGACGAGUCCCGGUGGCUAGCUUUACUCAUGACAAAAACCGUCCUCUUGUGGGACCUGCAGGAGUGUCAAUGGGGCCCAACUAUAUCCGUGGCUGAUCACGGUCACCGACCUGAAGCUUUCUUCUUUGCUGCGCAAGAGGUUGAGGGAGUCCAUCCAGUCAUAUUACUGCGUCGCAAUGGUAUCAUGACUGAGAUCAAACCGGAACAGCUGGCGACUGUCAGCUAUGAAAUCUCCGAAGGAGCCCUUGUCUCAGUCGGCGCUCUUAUCGAGAAAGCAAAAUCCACGACCAAAAUUAUUACAUCCUUCCGUAAUGGUCAAGUCCACUGCCUGAGUCAAGAAGCUUCAGGUUGGAACUGCAACACAGUUGACAUACCACGACCAAGAGACAAAGAGUUCAUGUCACUUGUGGCAUUGCCCGAGCUUGGAUUCAUCCUUGUUGUCAGAGUGCAAUCAAUCGAUCUGGUUGAUGCCACUUCAUAUUGUGCUAUACAUUCCUUCAAGACUGAUCCGAUACAACCGAAAACAUUGAAAUGUUUUCACUCAAAGAGAAGAACGAUGCGAUGUGGCUCCGUCGGUCUCAAAUAUCUCACAUUCGCUUACCUGAAUGCAUUCACCCGGGAUCUAGUCGUCCAAACGUACACCCCGCAAGACGAAGGCGCGUCUAUUUGCUUCCGUGAACCCGGGCAGCCAGUAAGCAAGACAUGCUGUCGAUGGCCCGAAACCAAAGAGCGCAGGAGUGUAGUCAAGGACCCGGGCACAUGGGAAGCACUUCCUUCCAGGAUAUUACUAGGUGUAAGGAAGAAGCCUUCACCCAAGGCCCGGACGGAGAAUGGAAGUGCUCAUCAGAAUGGCAAUGGAGAACUCCGCCGGCGGCGACCCAGUCACACGCCGAAACCGAUAUCUCCUGUCAAAAUGGAGGACAUGUGGGAGAUAUGGAUGCUCUCCCAGGCGGACAAUAAAGAGUCCUGGGACACUUUACCCCUAUGCCGGGAGACUGACGACGAACAUCUCUUUGUCACCAAGACUGGACCAAUGGUCCGCGUCGGAAGAGGCAGCGUCGCAAUCGGGCUUAGCAAUGUCAUCAAAGUGAUAUUAGUCGGCAACGAGCGAUUCGAAGGGAGUGAAGAAAUUUCAGCAUUGGAGGACGGCUUAGGUACCAUCAUGAGUCGAAGACGUAAUAAGCCGUCGACUCUCAGAGGUAGACCUGCGGCCCUGCUGAAAUGA